AUGUUCGCUGCUCGUCAGACCUUCAACCUCUUCCAGAAGCGCAGCUUCUCUGCCUCUGCCAGCCAGGCCUCCAAGGUUGCCGUCCUCGGUGCUGCCGGUGGCAUUGGCCAGCCUCUCUCCCUCCUGCUCAAGCUCAACCCCCGUGUCUCUGAGCUCGCUCUCUACGACAUCCGUGGCGGCCCUGGUGUCGCUGCUGAUCUGAGCCACAUCAACACCAACAGCACCGUCACCGGAUACGACCCUACCGCCUCCGGUCUCCGUGAUGCUCUCAAGGGCUCUGAGAUCGUCCUCAUUCCCGCCGGUGUUCCCCGCAAGCCCGGCAUGACCCGUGACGACCUCUUCAACACCAACGCCUCCAUCGUCCGUGACCUUGCCAAGGCCGCCGCUGAGGCUUCCCCCGAGGCUAACGUCCUCGUCAUCGCCAACCCCGUCAACUCCACCGUCCCCAUCGUCUCUGAGGUCUACAAGGCCCGCGGUGUCUACAACCCCAAGCGUCUGUUCGGUGUCACCACCCUCGACGUCGUCCGUGCCUCUCGCUUCAUCUCCCAGGUCCAGAAGACCGACCCCUCCGGCGAGUCCGUCCCCGUCGUUGGUGGCCACUCCGGUGUGACCAUCGUUCCCCUCCUCUCCCAGUCCGGCCACCCCAGCCUUGAGGGUGAGGCCCGUGACGCCCUCGUCAACCGCAUCCAGUUCGGUGGUGACGAGGUUGUCAAGGCCAAGGACGGUGCCGGUUCCGCCACCCUCUCCAUGGCCAUGGCCGGUGCUCGCUUCGCCGAGUCCCUCCUCCGUGCCGCCCAGGGCGAGAAGGGUGUCAUCGAGCCUACCUUCGUUGACUCUCCUCUCUACAAGGACCAGGGUGUCGACUUCUUCGCCUCUAAGGUCGAGCUCGGCCCCAACGGUGCCGAGAAGAUCCUGCCCGUCGGCCAGGUCAACGCCUACGAGGAGAAGCUCCUCGAGGCCGCCCUUACCGACCUCAAGAAGAACAUCAAGAAGGGUGUUGACUUCGUUGCCGCCAACCCUUAA